AUGGCGUCCGUCGUCGUCAUGCUGAAUAGCUGCUCCAUCACGCUACCGACGCCCGCCGUGCCGGCCUACGCGCUUCAUGGCCGCACGGCCACAGCAGUGAACCCGCCGCGGGGGAUGAGCAUGGGUCGCAAGGGUCCCAUGGCGGCAGCUCGGGAGCCGUCUAUCAAUGAAGCUUCCGUGUCUGAGUUGCAGCCCCGUUGA